AUGCGCUACUUCGCCAGCUCAGGUGACCGGUGUCGAGGUCUCCGAGAAGGUUCGCCUGAACUGCACCUGCCACUGGCAGAUGCCGGCUACACGUUGCAAAGUGCCCGGCAACAUUUCCACGUCGUCGUGGGUGCGGCGGACCACCAGGCUUGGCCAACUGGCCUGAAGGAGACGUCGCAGCUGAUGAUCCGAGAACUGGAGGCACUCUGCGCUGAGUUGCUGCGCCUGCUACCUGGAGGUGACCGCAUGGAGGCAGCCUGGCGCCGAGCCUCCAAGGCGACUGGCGAUGCCUCUGUUUGGGAUGCCUUCAGCUACUUCCCGACUGAAAGUGUCGUCGAACCAGGCGCGGUGGACGUAGCUAUGGCAGCUCAUACGGAUCCCGGACUUUUCACUGCCAAGCCUCUGAGCUUCGUGGAAGGACUGGAGGUCUGGGACUUUGCCUCGGACAAGUGGAUCUCAGUCGAAGGAGAGGGUCGCGGCGCCGGCGAGAUCGUCGUGUUCAGUGCCGACACGCUGGAGCGUUGGACAAAGGGAGCCAUUCCCAGCUGUCGGCACCGAGUCGCAAAACCCAGGGGCAGCGAGCCCCGCCUUUCAUUGGUGUAUGAGAUGCGCAUCCUGCGUGAGGGAGUCGAUUUAGAGCAGAUGCCGUGA